CGCAGACAGCUGUUUCCCAUUCCAGAGCUGAUGAAAUUUUGCCGCAUUGCAAGUGCAGAGUAAAUUGAAUUGCCUGGUUUAUACGUACGCAUAUACACAACGAGAUAAUGUCGAAACGUGGGCAACCGGCGUGGCAAGCUCCCAAGGCGGCGGACCGGCCGAAACUGAAGCUGUUCAACAGCCUCACCCGCCAGAAGGAGGAGUUUGUGCCGCUGGACGGAAACAAUGUAACGUGGUACAGCUGCGGGCCCACCGUCUACGAUGCCUCCCACAUGGGGCACGCCAGAUCUUACAUUUCCUUCGACAUUCUGCGGCGCAUUUUGGCCAACUAUUUUGGCUACAACAUCCACUAUGUGAUGAACAUCACGGAUAUCGAUGAUAAGAUCAUCCGGCGGGCGCGGCAGAACCAUCUCUUCGAGCAAUACGCCAGUGAGGCGGCGAAGUUGCCUCUGGAUCAGCUGCUGGGCCAGCAAAAGGAGGUGCUGCUGCGGUUCCAGGACACCUGCGCCAGAAACACGGAUCCCGACAAGAAGGUGAUGCUGGACAAGACCCUGCAGCGCAUGAACGAUGCCGUGGAGGCCCUCACCCAGGCGGUUUCCAAGGGCGGGGAGCAGGAGAUCUCCGAGAAGCGUCAGCAUUACCUUGCCGAAGCCAAGGACCCCAUCUCCGACUGGUUGGACUCCCAAAAAGGGGCCCAAAUCAAUGACAAUGCUGUGUUCGAGGCUCUGCCACGCUACUGGGAAGACCAGUUCCACAACGACAUGAAAUCACUGAAUAUUCUACCUCCAGAUGUUUUAACCCGCGUUUCGGAGUACGUGCCGCAGAUCGUCACCUUCAUCCAGAAGAUCAUUGACAACGGAUUGGCCUAUGCGGCCAACAACUCCGUUUACUUCGAUGUAAACGGCUUCGACAAGCGGGAGAAGCACCACUAUGCCAAGUUGGUGCCUGAGGCUUACGGCGACACCAAAUCCCUGCAAGAGGGCGAGGGCGAUUUGUCCGUGGCCGAGGAUAGGCUCUCCGAGAAGCGUUCGGCCAACGACUUUGCCUUGUGGAAGGCAAGCAAGGCCGGGGAACCCUGGUGGGAUAGUCCUUGGGGCAAGGGACGUCCUGGCUGGCACAUCGAGUGCUCGGCCAUGGCCUCGGACAUCUUUGGCCCAACCUUUGAUAUACACACUGGCGGAGUGGACUUGAAGUUCCCCCAUCACGACAACGAGUUGGCUCAAUCGGAGGCGGCUUUCAACGAGGCCGAGUGGGUGAAGUACUUCCUGCACACGGGCCACCUUACCAUCGCCGGCUGCAAGAUGUCCAAGUCGCUGAAGAACUUCGUGACCAUCCAAGAAGCCCUCAAGAAGCACUCGGCCACCCAGCUGCGACUGGCGUUCCUGCUGCACUCGUGGAAGGACACACUCGACUACUCGGAGAACACCAUGGAAAUGGCCACGCAGUACGAGAAGUUCCUCAAUGAGUUCUUCCUGAAUGUCAAGGACCUGACCCGCCACGUGCUCUCCGAAGAGCCGCGAAGGCAAUUCGAUGCCUGGACAGAAGUGGAGGCAGCUUUGCAGAAGAAGUUCGCCAGUUCCCAAGUCCAGGUGCAUGCUGCUCUCUGCGACAACGUUGACACUCGUAGCGCCCUUGACACCAUCAGGGAGCUAGUGUCCGCCUCCAAUGUCUACAUUCGGGACAAUAAGACUAGGUUGAACAGCCUGUUGCUGCGUAAUGUGGCCACCUACAUUACGGAUCUUUUGCACGUUUUCGGAGCUAUCUCCGGACCUCGUGGUGGCAUUGGGUUCCCCGUCACUGGUGGCUCAGGAUCGCAAACAGCUGGCGCUGAUCUGGAGACCACCGUGCUGCCCUAUGUUCAAUCCCUGGCUGAAUUCCGUAAUGUGGUACGCGAGCAAGCCAAGACCCUGAAGGCCUUUGACAUCCUUAAGCUCUGCGACGACCUGCGCGACAAUGUUCUGCCCAAUUUGGGUGUGCGAUUGGAGGACAAGGAUGACGGCAAGUAUGCCGUGAAGUUGGUUGACCGCGACUCACUUUUACGAGAGCGGGAAGCCAAGCUGGCUGCCGAGGCGGAGAAGGCUGCUGAGAAGGAGCGCAAGAAGCAGGCAGCUGCUGAGGCUGCGGCGGCCAAGGAAGCUCAGCGACGUGUGAAUCCCAAGGAAAUGUUCCUCGGCGAAACGGAAAAGUACUCAGCAUUCGAUGAUAAUGGCCUGCCCACACUCGACAAGGAAGGCAAGGAGGUUAGCAAGGGACAGAUCAAGAAGUUGCAGAAACUCCAGCAGCAACAGGAGCAACGUUACAAAGAGUAUUUGGCAUCCAUCAAAGAAGCCUAAAACCUAAGAUCAGAGCCACCAUGUUAAUGAUAUUAGCAUAGCAUUUUCGCGGACCUUAAAAUGUACAAUUUAAUUAAUGCAAGAGAUUUCAGUUCCCAGCUUAAAGCAGUCCAGAUAAUAAAACACUUUUUGUACGUUAA